AUGUUUUUGCUGCUCCACAAAUUUAAUUGAUCAAAGAGCUUUCUGCAAAUUCCAUUUUCUAGAGAGAGAGAGAGAGAGAGAUGGAUAAAGCAAUGAACAGACAGAGGGUUCUGCUGCAGCAUUUGAGACCCAAUUCUUCUGUUUCUUCUUUCAAUUAUGAAUUUGCUCCUCUUUCUGCUUCAAUAUGUGCAGCUGGAGAUAGUGCUGCCUACCAUAGAACAACUGCUUUUGGAGACGAUGUAGUGAUUGUGGCAGCAUAUCGGACUGCCAUUUGCAAGGCAAAGCGAGGCGGUUUUAAGGACACUCUACCUGAUGAUUUACUGGCACCUGUUUUAAAGGAAAUAAUAGAGAGAACAAAUUUGAACCCAAGUGAGGUGGGGGAUAUAGUUGUUGGUACAGUUAGGGCACCUGGCUCACUUAGAGCCACUGAGUGCAGGAUGGCAGCGUUUUACGCUGGCUUCCCCGAUUGCAUUGGUUCAGCCUUCAAUAUAAAGGGGGCAAUGCAAUGCCCUAAUUGUCGGAAAAUCAAGAAAGGUCAAUGGCUUUAUUCUAAUGGAUGCUGUUCAUUUCCGGAAUUGAACAUGGAAGACUGGACACAUGAUGAGGAUCUCUAUGAUUUAAGUUAUUCUGAAAUGAUUAUGGCAGCCGCGUUGUCGGAAGGCUAAAGCUUUUUUGGGUUCAGAGGAGAGGAGACCUUUGAGACCAAGGAGAUUCAUAUCAGAUGUGUAAACCGAAAAUAAGUUGGGAGAUUGGGAGAUGAGGCGAGGAGGGAGAUGGGGAGAGCAGGAGGCAGGCAGAGAAAAGGUGGGUCGAGAGUCCGAAACGGUGUGGAAACAUCCAGAGAAAAGGUGGGUUGAAAGACUGAAACGGUGUGGAAAGGAAAAAUCCAGAAAUGAAGUAAAAGCCCAAAGACUAAAGCAGGGCUAAAGAUGGAAUCACACUGUAGAAUGAACACUGUUUUAGGCAAUUUUCUCUUGUAGUAUAUACUAGAAAGUUAUGUCUGCGCGUUGCUGCGGGAUUAAAACUUAUAAGAAAUAUUAUGUUUGAAAGAUGUAAGGACUAUGAGAUAAAAGAUUAAUACUAUUUACAUUGAAAAAGAAAGGAAUAUUUUUACA